CUGUACAAAAUUUAUCAUAAAAAUUAGUAAGUGCGUCUGCGCUUUGCAUUUUUUUUCUAGGGAAUAUGGGUUUUUAAGUCAAUAAAUCUGGUAGUGGUACACCUACACAUAUAAAUAACAAAAAUAACAUAACCUCUUCUAGUAUUUACUUUUUUGAUUUUUCAUUAUUUCAUAUUAUUAUCUAUUGUGCUACUACUGGUAAUUGUAAUGAACCGAAAUCUAAUCGCUAGCUCGGCACUUGCCGCAAGUGUCAUUGUCAUUAUGUCUUGUCUUCUAACAAAAAGGCGUAAUAAACGUACUCGAAUUUGGAGCAGGAACUGGCUGCAAAGGCGAAACGAGGGUCGUGAUGUUUUAAACAUGCUAAAUACAGAACUUUUACCCGAGGAUCCAAAUGCAUAUACAAACUUUCUGAGAUUAACUAACGAUCAGUUCGAAUAUUUGCUGUCGUUGAUAUCAAAUGAAAUAUGCAAACAAGAUACACUAAUGCGAGAAUGCAUCCCUUCCAGAAGCAAAUUAGAAGUUACCUUGCGAUUCCUAGCAACAGGCGAGACAUACCGAUCCCUUAUGUACACCACUAGGAUACAUGAAACUACGAUAAGCCGCUUUAUACCUGAAGUGUGCCAAGCCAUAGUCUUGAAAUUAAAACCAAUCUAUUUAAAAGCACCAAGAACAGCAGAAGAAUGGAAAAAAAUUUCUCAAGAUUUUGAUCAAUUAUGGCAAUUUCCUCAUUGCGUGGGAGCUCUUGAUGGUCGCCACAUCACUUUUAGGGCACCCAUAUCUGCUGGCUCGUAUUAUUACAACUACAAAGGUGCAAAUAGCAUUGUGUUAUUAGCAUUAGCCGCUGCCAACUACAAGUUCAUUUACGCAAAUAUAGGUGUCAAUGGACGAAUUAGUGAUGGGGGUGUUUUUCAGAAUAGUAGCUUGUCAAGGGCACUACAAGACAAUUCUUUGAGUCUACCAGCCCCAGAGGUAUUACCAGGAAUGACAGAAGCUUUACCGUAUGUUAUUGUUGCCGAUGAUGCCUUUCCGCUGUCAAAGAACCUAUUGAAACCCUAUCCAGAUCGUGGACUCGGCAAUGAUAGCAGAAUUUUUAAUUAUCGGUUAUCCCGUGCUCGGAGAAUAAUAGAGAAUUCCUUUGGAAUUCUUGCAAACCGAUUUCGUCUUCUGUUAAAUCCAGUUAAUUUAGAUGCAGAAAAAGUAGAGUUGAUUACACUCACUUGUGUAGUGUUACACAAUUUUCUCGCAACAGACAAUGCACAAUCAUAUAUUGAACUUGAAGAAUUUAAUGAAAACUUGCCGAAAAUAAAUCGACAAUGUGGUAACCGGACAUCUAUUGCAGCAAGAGAUAUUCGUGAUCAUUUUAGAAGUUAUUUUAAUUCUUCACCAGGUUCGGUGCCCUGGCAACAAAAUGCAAUAAACAAUUUUAAUUUGUGAAAUUCGUUUUUAUUUUACAUAUGCCUAUUAU